GCGACUUCAAAACACAACCACUUGUACUGCCCAACUCUCUACUCAAUACACCAUUGCUAUGUCAGCCGAACCAGAACCAUUGUCCCCCAAGAAACUCGGCGACUUUGCGUUCAACUUAGCACAGCUUUUGCAGGGCGCCACGAAAGCCGACGUCGUGUGGUUCCACAGCGUCGCGGCGGUUAAAGCGUGUGCAGAGUUUGCCGAGGAGCCCGCGCCCGCCACCCUCUUUGUCAUAAAACAUGAGCCCGAAAUCACUGAUUCCGAACUCGAAGGCGCUGAACUCGAGGUUGCCCGAUUCACCAUUGCCAGCACAUUGACCCCCAAUGCCUCUUCCCUCGCGUUGAUCAAGGGGCGAGCCCCGCUCACGGCUUCCCCACUCGAUGCCCAGAUUCAGGUGGUCAACAUCCCCCAUCUCGGGUCGUCGUUUGAAAAUCUCCGUUCGUUGGUCUCCCUCGGUCUCGCGCCGUACUUUGAGGCCGUGGCCCAACUGCCAGGAAGAGAGGAAGAGACGUCUAUUGGCUCUACCCGCAAGAAGAUCAGCGAGCUCGCCCUCUCUUUACAAUAUCUCCAGCAAAAUAUCCAGGUGGCCGACCUCACGCUCUCUGUCCAUCCUGCUAUUCGCCAGGCCAUCGCCACCGCCGAUGGACCUGACUAUCUCAGCUCUAUCCCUUCCGACCUCCUCUCCGAUUCCAACUUCCUCAACGGCCUCCAGACCAUUGUCAAUGGCUGGGUGAAGGCUACACGCAGUGUCACACGGCUCACACACGACCCCAGCAACGGCUCCACCUCCGAUGAGGUCAACUUCUGGCUCUCCAUGGAGACCGCCUUGGCGAGCCUCCAGCAGCAGCUCUAUAGCCCGGAGGUCCAGCUCACCCUCGACGUGUUGAAGCAUGCCAAGCGAUUCCAUGCAACCGUCAGCUUUCUCUCCGAUACUGGCAUCAAGGAGGCGACCCAGACCGCCCAAACCUACACACAGUUGCUCCGCGACCUUCCCAUCGGCGAGGUGCUCUCGGCCUCUAGUCUUACAAAUCUUGACGAAGCGAUUCUUCUCGUGUUUGGCCACUUGAAGCGGCUCCGAGUCUCCCAGUACCCGCUCGACCGCGCUAUUACCCUCGUCGAAACCAUCCUGGCGGACGUGGAUGCAAAGUUGAAGCAGCUCAUCCGCGGAGAGCAGCUCAUGGAGCUAGAGCACGCAGACUUUACCACUGCGGUCGCUGGCAUUACCUCUGUCUUUUCCACAUUCGACUCCCAAAUGAAGGACUUUGCCAGCCUCGCGCGUGAGUUGCUCCGCAAGCGCUCGGAAAAGUACAUGUAUGUGAAGGUGCUCAGCAAGACGGAUGCGUUGGCAGCGCGGAUCGUUCACGUCUCGGCGUUUCGUGCACGCCACGAGGAAUUGCUCGCCAUGGUCAGUGCCGCCUUUGCCGAAACGACGGAACCAUCCGACAUCUCCUUGGACGUUUUCGCGUCUGUGGACGUUGCUGACACCUCCGCCGAAGGGAAUCGGAGGUGGAACGCGGCGGAAAAAGCAUACCAGACGCGCGCGGCCCGCAUGGAGAGUGCAAUGAUCGCCACCUUCAAGCGCGAGCUUGCGGCCAGCGGCGCCACCUCGAACGAAAUGUUUGCGGUCUUUGAAAAGUUCGCCUUCUUAUUGGCCCGUCCGGCUGUCCGUAGCGCUGUCCACGACUACCAGUCGCAGUUACUCGCGGCGGUCGAAACGGAUAUCCACAGUUUGCAGGCGCACUUUGCGCAGCAAGGCACGGCAGCCGCGCUGUACCGCCUCCGCGACCUCCCACCCAUCACUGCGGCCAUCAGCUGGGCAAAACAGAUCGAACACAAGGUAGACAAGCUUGUGGACAAGCUCGAGCUCGUAUUGGGUCCCAGCUGGACGUCCUACGCCGAGGGCCAGCGCAUCCACACGGAAACGUCAGUGUUCCGGCGCAAGUUGGACACCCAGGCGCUCUAUGAUCACUGGGUGCAGGCAGCGGCGCAGGGUACAAUCCAGGGCCCGGUGUUGCAAGUGGUCAAGGGCAAGCGGUGGGCGUUGGCCGUCAACUUCGAUGAAAGUAUUGGCUUGUUGUUCAAGGAGGUGCGCAACUUGUGCUGGUUGGGCUACGCGGUGCCGCACGCCGUCGUCGCGCGCGCGCGCACCGUGCGCAAAAUCUACCCCGAAGCCAUCAGCUUGCGCGAGGCAUUACACACAUUCACGGUAGCGGUCGUGGAUAGCGACACGCUCGGCGAUUUUCGUGUAGUGGUGGCGUCGUCGCUUGCAGAGAUCUACGCGCUAUUAGAGCGGUGUCUCCUGGUGACGUGGGAGGACUUGGCGCGCGCACGGGACCUAAGCCUCGCGCAGACCGACUUGGACCUUGUGGAGACCCAGAACGCGGCGCUAGUGCAGAGGCUCGUUGCUGCCAUCGGUGCGUUCUACGAGAUGGUUGAGGGCCUCAAGCGAACCAGCACGGAGGUAGCGCGCAUCUUUGAGGCGUUGAUGGUUUGCGAGUAUGAGAUUGAGGCGAUGGCUUCGCUAGUGGCCUCUGCGCAGAAGGUUAUCGAUAACAUGAUUCUCGACGGCUCUCUGAACGUGGCACUGGUGGUGGCCCGUCUCAACGCCCGUCUUGCACAUGUGUUUACCGCACGGUGCACAAGCGAGCUCGAGGUGUUUAUGUCUGAAAUCGCCACCGGGUACGAGAAGAGCCUCUUCCUCGCCCCCUCCAGACACGAGAUUUUGCUUCACGACCAAAAGGUGGUGGUUUUGCCGCCAAUCGAACACUCACGCUACCAAUGGACCCAGGGGUUGCACCGCUGUGUGGGUGUCGUCUGUGCCCAAAAGACUAUUCACAGUGUCAGCUUUGACGUCCGCGUGGCAAACCCCGCAGCGGAAAUGUUCCAGAUCGACGUAUCGCCGGUGGUGAACCGUUCGUUGCAGGCCAUCCAGCUGCAGAUCGUGCUCGCGGAGCGAUACGUGGCCAGGUGGCUCCAGCUCCAGAAGCUCUGGGACUUGGAGUCGGGGGAUGUGUCGUCCCACCUAGGCACCGCCGUUGAGCACUGGAUCCAGGUCUUGCUCGAGUUGCAGAGGGUCAGGCAGACAUUUGACACCGCGGAAACCAGUGAGACGCUCGGCGCUAUGAUUCUCGACUACGACCAGGCCCAGUCGAGGGUCAACGCCAAGUACGACAUCUGGCACCGCCAGCUCAUUGCCAAAUUUGCCGAGGUCAUGUCAACGAUGCUCAAGGAGACGGACUCGCUGGUAGUGCGCGCGCGCAAGGACUUGGAGGUGGUUCCAGACUUCACCUCUACGCCUGCCACCACCGCAUUAAUAUCCCAUCUCGCCGGCCAUCGAGCAUCGCUCAGCACCUGGACGACCGCGUUGCACCGUUUUCAGAAGGGCCAGUUACUUCUUUCGCGCAACCGCUUCCGGUUCCCCUCCGACUGGCUUCAUGCCGAACAGAUGGAGAGCGAUUUGGCCGCAUUGGCAGAAAUAAUCGACAAGCGCACGGUCUUGGUGGACAGCCAGAUGGACGUCAUCACCACCCGUAUUCAGACCGAGUGCGCACGUGUCCAGCAAUUGAUGGUGGCUACCCAGACUGAAUGGAACACCAAGAAACCGGUCUCCGGCAAGCUUGAGCCGCGCGUCGCGUUAGGCGUGUUGGACGGGUACGAAGCAAGGCUUGAGGAGAUUCAGGCCGAGAAGCAGAUGCUUGUAGACGCAGCCGCGCUUCUUUCCAUCGACGUGGUGUUGGUUCACGACUUUUCCCCGGUGUUGGAGGAGACCCGUGACCUUAGGUCAGUGUGGUCGUCGAUUGACACCCUCUGGAAGGCCAUCCAGGACUUGCGCGCGAUUCCGUGGACCUCUGUCCAGCCCCGUGCCUUGCGUCGCCAACUCGAGGAGCUUCUCGCCGCCGCGCGCAACAUGCCCGCGCGGAUUCGUCAGUACCACGCCUUUGAAACCAUCCAGGAGAGCGUCAAGGCGCAGCUCAAGGCGAAUGCGAUUGUAGGCGACCUUUCAUCGGAGGCGCUCCAGCCGCGCCACUGGAAGAAACUCUUCUCGCUGCUCAGCGACCGAUACAUUCCGCUUCACAACAUGAAGCUUGGCGACGUCUGGGACCUCCACUUGUUGUUGAACGAGGCAGAGAUACGGGCGACAAUCGCGGUGGCCAACGGCGAAAAAACCCUUGAGCAUUCCUUAGCUCUGAUCGAGGAAGCCUGGGCCAAUCUCGCGUUUGACUUGGUGGGCUACCAGAAUCGCUGCCGGUUGGUCAAGAACUGGGAGGUGCUCAUCCAGAGGUGUGACGAUGAUCUUGGCGCGUUGACCUCUAUGAAACACUCACCGUACUAUAAGGCCUUUGAGGAAGAGGCGCUUUCCUGGGAGAGCAAGCUCAACCGGUUGUACGUGUUGUUGGAUGUGUGGAUCGACACCCAGCGGCAGUGGAUCUACCUCGACGGGGUGUUCGGGGAGAACGACAUCAGCCGCGUGUUGCCGACCGAAUCCGCGCGCUUCCAGAAUGUCAGCGCCGAGUUCAUGCUCGUCCUCAAGAGCUUGUUCCAGUCGCCGUUCGCCAUCCACAUACUCAACGUGGCAAACGCACAGAGCAACUUGGAGCGCACCUUAGACUCCCUCACGCGCGUCCGCAAAGCUUUGAACGACUACUUAGAGAAGCAGCGCGAGAUCUUCCCCCGUUUCUACUUCAUCGGGAAUGAGGACUUGUUGGACAUUAUUGGCAAUGCCUCUAACGUGACCGAGGUUGGGCGACACCUCCAGAAGAUGUUCCCGGGAAUCGCCAGUAUUGCCUACGACAAGCAGCGGUCGUUGAUCACUGCAAUCCACUCGGAGGAGGGCGAGACGGUGAUCCUCGGCACCCCUGUGUCGAUCGCUAAGCACGUGAGCUUGCACCAGUGGUUAAAGGAGUUGGAAUACGAGGUGAAGUGCACGUUGUCGAACGCCGUCUUUGCCGCCACUACAGAGCUCAGAGACAUUCUCUAUGACUCACUGUCGAAUGACCCGCGCUCUGAUGCCCUCACCGUUUGGAUCGCAAGGUACCCAGGCCAGGCGUUGAUUCUUGCCUCCCAGGUGUGCUGGACAACCAAGGUUGAGGAAUGCAUCACCCGUGGAGACUUUUCUGCCAGAAACUACUACGUUCGUGCUCUCCGGAUGCUAGCUGGCUACGUGUUGCUGGAAGCCAACGUGGUGACCCGCAAGAAAAUCCAAACCUUGAUCAUCGAACUCAUCCACCAGCGUGACAUCAUCGAUGCGGUGCGAAAUGUGCGGUCGGUGGACGAGUUUGCCUGGCGAUCCAACCAGCUCUUCCACUACGACGUUUCGAAUCCCGACCCGGUGAACCGGUUGACUGUGGUGCAGGCCAACGCCACGUUUGUGUACGGGUUUGAGUACUUGGGGGUCCCAGGCAAGCUCGUCUACACACCCUUGGUCGACAAGUGCUUCUUGACCAUGACCCAGGCCCUCAACCAGCGGCGUGGUGGCUCGCCAUUUGGGCCGGCGGGUACCGGCAAGACAGAGUCGAUCAAGGCGUUGGGGCACAGCCUUGGGAAGAUGGUGUUGGUGUUCUGCUGUGACGAAUCCUUUGACUUCCAGGCCAUGAGCCGGAUCUUUGUGGGGAUUUGUGAGGUUGGUGUCUGGGGGUGCUUUGACGAGUUCAAUCGAUUGGAGGAGAACAUGCUCAGUGCCGUCAGCACCCAGAUCGAAAAGAUCGAGUUGGGGUUGGCAAGCUCGUCCAGCAUCCAGUUGGUCAACCGGCCGGUGUCGGUGCACCCCGAGACCGGGAUCUUCAUCACCAUGAACCCAGGCUACGCCGGCAGAUCCACCUUACCCGAGAACUUGAAGAAACUUUUCCGGAGCUUUUCAAUGGAAAAACCCGACCGCGAGAUCAUCGCCGAGGUUAUCCUCAACUCCCAGGGCUUUACCUUUGCCAGCGAGUUGGCAGCACGGAUCGUGCCCUUCUUCCAGGAAAUGGAGCAAGCCACGUCAACACAGUUGCACUAUGAUUUCGGACUCCGUGCCUUGAAGAGCACUUUGCUGAACUGCGGCAAGAGCAAGCGGCAAAGCGACGGGGAUGAGUUAGUGGGUGAGUUGUCGCUUGUGUUGGGAAGCAUGAGAGAAUCGGUGGCUGCCAAGCUCGUCACUGACGAUGAGGUAGUGAUGCGCCGUCUCGAGAACGAGCACUUCCCCGAGGUUCAGUACGCGGCGCCGGAGGACACCCGGCUCAUUGAAACCGUGCGGGAGAUUGCGCUUGCCAGCGGUUACGCCACCGGUGACGAGUGGAUGAAAAAGAUAUUGCAGCUCAAGCAACUUAUUGAUACGCACCACGGGGUCAUGAUGGUUGGUAAGGCUGCAUGUGGCAAGACCGUGAUGUGGAAGACCCUCCUCGCGGCCCUCUCCCAGCUCGAUCAGGUGGACAGCGUGCACCACAUCAUUGACUGCAAGGUACUCUCCAAGGAUGACAUCUACGGGUGUUUGCAUGCAACCACACGCGACUGGACUGAUGGGUUGCUCACAGGGAUUCUCAGACGGGUCACGGAGAACCUCCGCGGCGAGCUUUCUAAGCGGAUCUGGAUCGUGUUUGACGGCGACGUGGAUCCUGAGUGGGUGGAGAACCUCAACAGUGUGUUGGAUGACAACAAGCUCCUUACCUUGCCGAACGGUGAGCGUCUCGCGCUUCCGUCCAACGUCCGCCUCUUGUUCGAGGUGGAUAACUUGAAACAUGCGACGCCCGCUACCGUCAGUAGAUGCGGGAUGUUGUGGAUGAGUGAGCGAUCGAUCGUGCCUGCUGAUCUUUUGGCGCACUACAUGGUGACUUUGCGGACCAAGCAGAUUGCCGAGGUCGGGGAGGAGCAGAUUGUCCUCCAAACGGCGCAUAGCUCGGUGCUUGCGAUCCAGAACCGGUUUGCGGACCACCUCCGGCCGUUUAUGGACGGGGUGAUUCUCGAAUGUUUGGAGCACUCUGCCCGUUUGGUCCACAUCAUGGGCUACGAUGCAACCCGCUUGGUCAUGACCUUUGCCACCAUGAUGAACACCUACUGCCGCCGUCUUGUGUCGUUUGUCUCCACCACCGUGAGCUUCCUUGGCGAGGACUGGAAGGCGUAUACCGCAAAGGCCGUGUUGCUCUCGCUUGUGUGGGCGUUUGCCGGCGAUUGCUCGUUGGAGGACAGAGAGAGCUACUCGAAGGAUCUUCUUGGCCGUCUGUUCGGAAGUGGCGGCGGCUUGUUUGACGGAAUGAACUGUGACGGUUUCCUCCUUGACCAUGACAUUUCCCUCCCGGGGGCCGACUGGGUAGCGUGGAAGGUUCCGGUGCGGGAACUCGCGGCCCAUUCCAUCGUGGAACCGGACGUGAUUGUCCCCACCUUGGAUACAACCCGACACGAGGACCUCUUCUACUCGCUUUUGGCCGAGCACCGUCCAUUCAUUCUCUGUGGCCCGCCAGGGUCGGGUAAGACCAUGACCCUUCUUGGCGCCCUCCGCAAGUCACCGCACUUGGAGGUUCUCGGUCUCAACUUCUCUAAGGAAACGUCGCCUGCGAUCUUGCUCAAGAGCAUCGAGCAGCACUGCGAGUACAAAAAGACCGCGAAGGGUACGGUGUUGACACCACGAAACCGGGGCAAGUGGUUGGUGGUGUUUUGCGACGAAAUCAACCUCCCCGCCGCCGAUUCCUAUGGCAACCAGCGCGUCGCCUCCUUCAUGCGCCAACUCAUCGAGCAAAACGGGUUCUGGCGCAACGACAAGCAGUGGAUCUCCUUGUCGUGCGUUCAGUUUGUGGGUGCGUGUAACCCGUCCACAGACCCCGGCCGCCGCGAGUUGAGUCCGCGAUUCUUGCGCCACAUGUCGUUGGUUAUGGUGGAUUACCCGGGUAAGACCUCCUUAACGCAGAUCUACACCGCGUUCAACGCCGCCGUGCUCAAGUGCGCGCCGAAUCUCAUUGGAUUUGCGGACUCCACCACGGGGGCAAUGCUCGACGUAUACUUUGGCUCGCGCGCCCGCUUCACCAUGGAUAUCCAGCCCCACUACAUCUACUCGCCUCGCGAAUUGACCCGGUGGGUGCGCGGUAUCUACGAGGCUAUCAAGGCCACAGAAGAGCUUAGUUUGGCCAGCUAUGUCAGGCUUCUCGCCCACGAAGCGUUGCGGUUGUUCUCUGAUCGGCUUGUGGAUGCUGAGGGCGCUGCCUGGACCAUGGAGUUGCUUCGUGCGGUCUUUUCCCACCGCUUCCCCAAUCUAGACAUCGCGGCAGUGCUACAGGGCCCGAUCCUCUACACCGACUGGCUCUCACUCACCUACCAGCCGGCCGACCGUGACCAGUUGCGGGUGUUUGUGCAGGAGCGACUCCGCACGUUCAGUGAGGAGGAGCUCGACGUGUCGCUUGUGCUUUAUGACGACCUUUUGGACCACGUGCUCCGUAUCGACCGGGUGCUUCGCCAGCCGCAGGGCCACCUCAUCCUUGUGGGUCCCAGCAGCAGUGGAAAAACAACGCUCAGUCGGUUUGUCAGCUGGGUGAAUGGGCUCAAGGUUUUCCAGAUGAACGUCCACCGCAAGUACUCGCUCAAGGACUUUGACACCACGCUACAGGACCUCUUGCGUCGCUCUGGCGCGUACGGGGAGAAGAUUUGCUUUAUCGUCGACGAGUCAAACAUCUUGGAGACGGCGUUCUUGGAGCGCAUGAACAACUUGUUGGCAAAUUCCGAGGUGCCGGGGCUCUUCGAAGGCGAAGACUUUGCCGCGUUGAUGGCGGUCUGCAAGGAUGAGGUGCAGAACCAGGGGUUGUUACUUGAUACCCAGGAGGAGCUCUACCGGUGGUUUACCCAACAAGUAGCAGAAAACCUCCACCUUGUAUUCACCAUCAACGAUCCAAACAACCCGGACUCGCCGCAGAUUAUCUCCUCGCCGGCGUUGUUCAACCGGUGCGUGCUAAACUGGAUGGGCGACUGGUCGGACGUAACGUUGGGCCAGGUCGCACGCGACAUGCUCCAGCUGUCGCCGAUCGACAGCAAUGGUGUGGCCGAUGCGAUGGUGGACAUACACCGGUCGCGCAGCGACUCGACAGUGACCCCGGGCUUCUUCAUCCAGUUUAUCAGAACCUUCAAGGAGGUGUUCAAGAGGCAGGGGGCGACGUUGGAGGACCAUCAGCGCCACGUCAACAUGGGCCUCGACAAGCUCCGUGAAACAGUUCUUAAAGUGAAGCACUUAAAGGAGUCGUUAUCGACCAAGAAGGAGAGUUUGACGGCGAAGGAGAGUGCGGCGCGCAGCAUGCUCAGCGUGAUGCUCAACGACCAGAACGAGGCGGAGCGGCGCCAGGAGGCAUCGCUUGACAUCCAGGCCGCGUUGGAGAAACAAGAGGUGGAGAUUAGCCAACGCCGUGAGCUGGUGAUUGGCGACUUAGAGCUCGCAGAGCCGGCGGUGCUUGAGGCGUUGCGCGGGGUAAAGAACAUCAAGAAGCAGCACUUGACCGAGAUCCGGUCGAUGUCGCAUCCGCCGGAAGCGGUCAAGGUGACAAUGGAAUCGGUGUGCAUACUCCUCGGCUACGAGGUGCUGAGCUGGCGCGACGUCCAGACGGCGAUCCGGCGCGACGAUUUCAUUGCGAGCAUUGUCAACUACGAGAAUGAGAAGCAACUCACGGCAGAGAUCCGCACGUACAUGGAGCGGACGUACCUUUCACGUGCCGAUUUUAACUUUGCGACGGUGAACCGCGCCAGUAAGGCGUGUGGGCCGUUGCUCCAGUGGAUCCUCGCGAACUUGACCUAUUCAGCCAUCUUGGAUAGGGUGGGCCCGUUGCGGGAGGAGGUGUACUUGUUGGAGGAGCAUGCGCGGAAGAACAAGGCCAAGUUGCUCGCGAUCGAGGAGAUGAUCGAGGAACUCGAAGGGCGGAUUGAGCAGUACAAGGACGACUACGGCGCGCUCAUCCGCGAUGCAGAGAACAUCAAGACCGAAAUGAGCGGGAUCGAGCAUAAAGUUGAGCGGAGCAUGCGGUUGUUGGAGUCGCUCGGCGCGGAGCGACAGCGCUGGGGCGGGAAUAUCAAGGAGUUUGUGCAGCAGCGGCAGUAUUUGGUGGGGAACGCACUCCUAGCGUCGGCGUUCGUGGUGUACUGCGGCUAUUUCGACCAAAGAGGCCGGUCUGAGAUGGUAAAGGCGUGGCGUGCGCGGUUAGCGACGGCGGGCAUCACGUACGAAGAGGCGGAAUCGGUGGUGGUGGGCAUGAGCACCAACGAGGAGGUGUUGAAGUGGCAGGAGCACGGCUUGGAGAACGACCAGUUGUACAUUGAGAACAUGGUGGCGAUUACAAACACCGAUCUGGUACCGUUCAUCAUUGAUCCGUCGGGGGCGAUUGUUGACGUGUUGAUGGCGGUGUCGGGAAGAAUGUCUGUGGCCAGUUUCCUCGACGACGGCUUUGUCAAACAGCUUGAGAACGCGUUGCGCUUUGGGGGCACGCUUUUGCUCCAGGAUGGCGAGCACUUUGACCCGGUUGUCUCCCGGAUUAUCAACAAGGAGUUCCAGACGACCGGGGGCCGCACACUAGUCAACGUUGGGAAGCAAUUGAUCGAUUGUUCGCCGGACUUUAAGCUCUAUAUCCACACGAAAGACCCGCGCGCACGUAUCCCGUCGUUCCUCCUGAGCAGGGUCACCGUGGCCAACUUUAGCGUCACGCGGAGCAGUCUCGAAACCAAAGUGCUCAACAUGACGUUGCGAAACGAACAUCCGGAGAUCGAGGAGAAGCGGGUUGAGCUUCUCAAGCUCCACGGAGAGUACCGGCUCCGGCUCCGCGUGCUCGAGGAGACGUUGCUUGUGUCAUUGAGCGACUCCACGGGGAACAUCCUAGACAACAGUCAGGUACUCGCCACGUUGGAGACGCUCAAGUCAGAGGCCACCCAGAUCAAUCAGAAGAUGGUGGACACGGCCGAUGUGAUGCAGUCAGUGGAUGAGACUCUCGGUCGGUAUAGCACCUUGGCGGCUGCAAGCUCCGGGGUGUUUGCUUUGUUUGAGCAGUUUGCGUCUAUCGAUCCAUUGUACCAGUUUUCGCUUCCGUACUUUGUGGGGAUUUUCGAGCGGGUGCUCAGAACGUCCGGGGAGACCGGUUCGGAGCUCAGCAAGCCGAUAGACCUUAACGCUGAACUUUUCCGUGAGGCAUUUGCGGUGGUUUCUCUUUCCUUAAAGAGGGAGGACAGGAUCACCAUGGCCUUGUGUAUGUUUAUUCUCUCCCACUCGGUCGAUGGUUAUGCGUCCUUUGCGGAGAUUACCGCCGCGUUGAUGCGAAUCAUUGCUGAUGGCAAGGCGACAGUGGUGGCGAGCCUCUUGCCGGUUUUGAAGGCGAUGUCGAUAGAUGCCCGGGAAACCACGGUGGAAGGACUUUUCUCCCAAUGGUCCGAGGAGCUGUUUGCUCAGUUCCUCCCCGACGACGACCUUACGGCAUCGCUCAAGCCGCUCGUACGGGCGGUCAUGUUGGUGAAGGCCAAUCCGCGCGUGCUCAUUUCAGCCUAUGCUGAAGUCUGUUUGUUCUUGGAUGCCGGUGCCGGGCCGUUUGACUCGAAGUAUGUGCUCGAUGAUGUCGUGAGGCAGCACGCGCACCCGUUGAGCCCGAUCAUUCUCUGUACGCAAAAGGGUGUGGAUCCCACGUUCAGGGUGGACCGUUUGGCCAAGAGACUCUCAGUGAAGUUGUCUAUGAUCUCCAUGGGCUCCAACGAGGGGAUCGAGAUGGCUAAAAAGGAGAUUGGCCUGGCGUUGAGAAACGGCCACUGGGUGUUGAUUCAGAAUGUGCAGAUGGCCCCCGCCUGGUUGGAGUACUUGGAAAAGUACUUGGAAGGGCUCACAAAGACGGAGAACUUCAGGUUGUUCUUAACCUGUGACGUCACCUCCUCCAUCCCAAACACGCUCCUCCGGUCAUCGCGUGUGGUGUUGUUUGAGACCUCUCCCGGGGUCAAGAGUGCUAUGACUGAAUCGGUCAAGCUCAUCUCCCAGGAGCGGCUCGCCAGCGGGCCGGUGGAGAAGAGCCGGUUGUACUUUUUGCUUGCGUGGUUCCACUCGUUGGUGCAGGAGCGGGUGCGUCUAGCCCCGGUGGGGUUUUCCAAGACCUACGACUUUAAUGAUACCGAUUUCGAGACCGCCAUGGUGUUUAUCGACAACUGGAUGCGGUUUGUGUCGAAGGGGAGGGAUAACGUCGCCCCAGAGCUGAUUCCGUGGGAGGGAAUUCAGUAUUUGGUUGCCAGCAUUGCGUACGGUGGCAAGGUUGACCGUUCCGAGGAUCUCGAUAUUCUUCAGGGUUUGGCUAGAGAUAUUUUUACCCGUAGUUCGUUCGAUGCGAAUUUCACUCUUGUGGAGGGUUUGGCCCCUCCAGAGGGCAAGACGAUUGAUAGCUAUGUUGACUGGAUCAAGGCGUUGCCUCUGCACAACUCACCGACGUGGAUCGGGUUGGAAGAGAACGUUGAAGACGUGUUGCAAGCGCUUACUGGGCGACGUAUCGCUGGUAAAGUGGUGGAGUUGUCUAUAUGAUUGUUCUGGUUACCAUAUUUUAUAUUUAUGUAAUGUGAUA